AUGUCGGAGUAUUUCCGGAAGUUGAUCAGGCGGGAUCCGCCACCGGCGGCUCACAUCCGCUUUCGCUGUGCAAAGCUUCACCGCGUCAGCGACGGGAAGGAAAACGAAUACAACACGAUCUAUGACGUGCUGAAGUCGCGGGGCUGGAAGGAGACAGAUGUCGAUUCGGACUGGCACAUCUUUUGGACUGACAAGGAUUGGAUCCAUUCUGUUUUCGACAAGAUGCACCUGGACCCCCAUCAGCACGUGAACCACUUCUUGAACCACUACGAACUGACGAGAAAGGACCUCUUGGUGAAGAACAUGAAGAGGAUGAAGCGGCAGUGUGAGAAGGAGGGGCGACUCGCGGAAGCGGCGCGCUACAACAUUUGCCCGAUCACCUUCGUGGUUCCACAGGAGUACAGCAUGUUCGUGGAAGAGUUCAAGAAAUGGACAGGUUCCACUUGGAUUAUGAAGCCAAUUGGACGCUCUCAAGGAUCCGGCAUAUUUCUAGUGAACAAGCUCGCCCAGACUCAGCAGUGGAAGCCCAAGCAGGAUUGGAAUCCAGUGCAGCCGGCAAAAGCGUCGGAGGACGAUGAAGCCGCUGGUGUGGAAACCUACGUCGCGCAGAAGUACGUGGAAGCACCUCUGCUCAUCGGUGGUAAGAAGUUCGAUAUGCGGCUCUAUGUCUGCGUCACGAGCUACCAUCCUCUGACGGUUUAUAUGCAUCGCGGAGGGUUCUGCCGGUUUUCAAUGUCCCGCUACUCUUCGGACAAGAGCAACCUCAAUGACCUGGGCUCGCACCUGACGAACGUAGCGGUUCAGAAGCACAGCGGCAAGGCUGCCUACAAGAGGACCGGAGCCAAAUGGGAUGUGAAUAACUUGAAGUCCUACCUGCUGACCACGGCAGGGGUUGAUGUCGUGAAUCAGCUCUUCCAUGACAUCGAGGGCAUUGUCAUCCACUCUCUGCUCUCGGUUCAGAAGGCCCGGUCGGCAACCGAUUGGACAUGGAGGAGUCAGAUGUUUAUCACCGCAACAGCCACAGCAGGCGUAGCAUAG